AGUCAUGUUGAUUUGCUUACAUUAUUUCUUUCUUUACUUAGAAACCCCCAGUAUUGAAAAGCUACUCUCAAAGGACUGGAAAGACAAGCUUCUUGCCAUGGGAUCAGGGAACUUUGGAGAAAUAAAAGGGACUCCAGAAAGCCUGGCUGAGAAGGAGCGGCAACUCAUGGGCAUGAUUAACCAGCUGACCAGCCUGCGGGAGCAGCUCCUGGCCGCCCACGAUGAGCAGAAGAAGCUGGCUGCAUCUCAGAUCGAGAAACAGCGCCAGCAAAUGGAGCUGGCCAAGCAGCAACAGGAGCAGAUUGCAAGACAACAGCAACAGCUUCUGCAGCAGCAACACAAAAUCAACUUGCUCCAGCAACAGAUCCAGGUCAGAAAUCCUACUUUCAAUCUGCUUCCAAUCAAAACAUGCUCUUUGUUUCUCAUUCUUAUGUGACCUAUUUGAAAUGACCUUCAAACUGAAAA